CUUUUGUUUACUUCAAUUUGAAAUUUACAAAUGUUUAUUUAUAUUCUCCACUCUUACUUUUAGAUUUAUAAAAAUUCUGAGUGAUAACUGAUUGAUUAGAAAUGAAGAGAAUUUUAAAUUUAAACCCUAAAAGAUCAAUUAAUUGCUAUAGAAAUAUAUCAAGAAGUACUAAUAAACUAUAUCAAAAAUCGGUUUAUCAAAGUCAAGUGGAAAAAAAUGGAAUUUAUGAAAAAAUUGGUGGUUUAACCGCAAAUUUUAAUUUAUUAUCAAAAAUAAACUUUUGUCAGACAAAAACACAGAUAUGCUGGAGUUGCGAAAAAAGCAUAACAUGUGAGAGUCCAUUCUUGUGUGAUUCUUGUGGAGUAAUUCAAAAUGUAAACAAAAAUGUUGAUUACUUUAAAAUUCUGUCUGAAGAAGAAAAAUUUAAUAUUGAUGUUACAAGUUUGACAAGAAAAUUUCGAAAUAUACAGAAUGUAGUACAUCCGGAUAAAUAUAGUAAUAAAUCUUUAAAAGAACAAACAAACUCUCAGGAAUGGAGCUCCUUUAUAAACAAAGCUUAUAAAACCUUGCAAGCACCUAUAGAGAGGGGCAUAUAUUUACUAAAAUUGAAAGGUAUCAAUAUGCCACAGGACAACAGCUCAUUAAAUAAAGAAUUUUUAAUGGAAAUGAUGGAACGUAAUGAAGAAGUUGAAGAUGCUACUCCAAAUCAGUUAAAUGAUCUACUCCAAAAAAUAAAAAAUGAUAUGAUCAUAGAAGAGAAGAAAUUAAACAAAGAAUUUCAAGCAAAUGAAUAUGAGUCAGCUAAAUUCACUUUAGUUAAAAUGAAAUAUUUUAAAAGUUUAGAAAAAAGUAUAAAAGAAAAGUUGGAAAACAAUUUGUAAAACAAACAGUAAUACAAAUUAAAAAAACAAAAAUUUCAUAUGUAUGUA